AGAUAUGUAUCUACUUCAAUGUUGGAAUGAUAUAUGUAUCGUGAAGCGUUGGACGAUAAUUUUUUUGUAUAUAAGUAAUCAAUAAUCAUGCCAGUUCCAAUCUCUUCAAGCUCGUCCGAUAGUAUAGGGGAAGAAGAUGUGAUGAUGUUUUCUCACGAAUCCCUCCAUCGUCCCUUUCGCCUUCUCUCUCCCGGUCUUCCUCCUCAGGUCCCAACAGUGUGGUCUUUAGUCACCCAAACCUACCCCUUCCUAGCCCAGCUGCCUCCUCCAGAACAGGAGCCUUUUGCAUGGUUUCUAGACCGGCCGGCUAGCAACCUGAUCAUGGCGAACCUCCAGCAGCCGGAUUAUGCUCCCUUCUCCAUAUCCGGUCCUCAAGGGGAAAAAAACCUCCUCGCAGCGUGUGUCCAGACCUGCGGGAUCGUGCAAUCUGGAGCUGAGAGGUGCGUGAGCUGCAGUUUCGGGCUUGGCAUCUGGAACCUCUGUGUGGUUGCGCCGUGUCUUCCCGUCCAUCAGCCUGAUCCCCUGGAAGGCGCCUGCUGCUGUUGCUAUUAUAACGGAAAUGGGAUCUAUUGUUCUUUUAGAUAUGAUGACUCCGGGUUAUUAUUCGUGCCCCUGGAUCCGGGCGCCCACGACCUAUCUACCUCACAUCCUCCUCCUCCUCCCCUUCCUGCUUACCGCCCCUCUCCCUCCCCCCCUCCCUCCGCCCCCCAAGCCUCGCCGUACUCACCUCUACCCCAACCCGCCACCUUCAUCAGCCCUGUCCUAGUUAACCACUACAGAGCGAUGUCCCCAGCUGAGCGAACCGCUGCUCGCGAGCAACUAGAAGGCACCUGCGACCUCCUAGUAAACCAGUUAGACGCGCUGUACGCGGCCGACACAGCGCAGAACGGCAACGACAAGGAAGUCGACUUCGCCCAUGGCGGCGUGUUGGCUGUGCCCGACAAACCGCACCUGGUCGAGUACUACCGGUCCAUGUCGGCCGCUGACCGAAAACGCACUCGCGCGCCGCUGAAGGGGGCGCUCACGCAAAUGGAAGAUCAGCUCGAUGCUUUGGCUACUGCUGAGGAGGAGAUUGGGGAACUCUCUGAGGGGGUUGGUGGGGAAGGUAGUUGCCUAGAUGUUGCUUGAAGAAGGUGGGCUGAUCUACCCUAGUAGGCUGUGAGUGAGUGUCUGAGUUGGGUGAAUCCACGAUAGACAAAAUGGAAGCACGAUACUAGGUAUUAGCUAAUUAUAGUAUAUAAAUGGAUCAUGGGGUUCAAGUGUGUUAUGUUAAAUAUAAGUGAC